CAGCAGCUCUACACUUCCACGCUAUCUCCUUCUUCCCCACAGAGAGAGAAAGAAAAACUAGAGAGAGAAAGCUGAGCUAGAGAGAGAGAGAAAGAGAGUGUGUGGCGAUGAGUGUGGCACCUUCACGACAAGAAAUUCUCUCUCUUUUCCGUUCGCUGAUACGAGUAGCUCGAACCUUCCCAGAUUAUAACAUUAGGGAAUACAUGAAACGACGCACCAUCGAUGCGUUUCGCGACAACCGCGCCCUCUCCGACGCAUCUUCCAUUUCCACUGCUUUCUCCGACGGAAAGUCUCAGCUCGAGGUUGCAAAACGACAGUCCGUUGUGUACUCUCUAUACGCCCCUCCACUCAGGAGCGUCAUGGAGCUCCAAAACCCUAAAACGCCUGCUUAAACCCUAG